GUGACGUCACCGCCGUGCGACGCGCGGUUGUUGUUGUUGCCGGUGUGGAGGCCGCGGCGGAGGGCAGGGGCCAUGCCGGCUAAGAAGUCGUUCCGGCGGCGGAGGGAGGACUCCGAGGAGGAAGAGGAGGACGAGCAGCUCGCUGAGGAGGUCAGGUUAAAACUUGAGGAAGCCAAAGAAGUCCAAAGCCUCAGGAAGCGACCCAAUGGGGUGAGCGCUGUAGCUCUGCUUGUGGGAGAGAAGUUACAAGAAGAAGCAACGCUUGUGGAUGACCCUUUUAAGAUAAAAUCUGGAGGAAUGGUGGACAUGAAGAAGCUGAAAGAAAGAGGCAAGGACAGGAUUAAUGAAGAAGAAGAUCUAAACUUGGGAACAUCUUUCUCAGCUGAAACCAACAGGCGGGAUGAAGAUGCUGACAUGAUGAAGUACAUUGAGACGGAGCUGAAGAAGAGAAAGGGGAUCGUGGAGAAUGAGGAGCAGAAGGUGAAGCUUAAGAAUGCCGAGGACUCUCUGUAUGAGCUGCCAGAGAACAUCCGUGUCUCUUCUGCCAAGAAGACUGAGGAGAUGUUGUCUAACCAGAUGCUGAGCGGCAUUCCUGAAGUGGACCUAGGAAUUGACGCAAAAAUAAAAAAUAUCAUCUCAACUGAAGAGGCCAAGGCCAAGCUGCUGGCAGAGCAACAGAACAAAAAGAAAGACAGUGAAACUUCUUUUGUUCCCACAAACAUGGCUGUUAACUAUGUCCAGCACAACAGAUUUUAUCACGAGGAGCUCAACGCACCAGUGCGAAGGAACAAGGAAGAGCCAAAGCCCCGACCACUGAGAGUGGGGGAUACAGAGAGGCCAGAACCGGAGCGGUCUCCGCCAAAUCGCAAACGUCCACUCAAUGAAAAAGCAACAGAUGAUUAUCACUAUGAGAAAUUCAAGAAGAUGAACAGGCGAUACUGAUGGAUAUGGACUGAAGUCUCUGCAGUUGUUCGUGUUCUCCAGUAAUGGGAUUUUGUGUCAGUGACCUGAAGUGGAGUUGGGGAGAGUCACUACCCUCAUGUUGCUGGUGUUACCUCCAAAGCUUCUCUUGUGAUCCUGUAGUGAAUCAGUUUGCCGUGACCGGUAAAAUCUUGUACAUAACUUAUUUUCAGUUAUAAAAUUUAUUUUAUAAGAACAUGAGCUUUCAUGGUUGGCAUUUUUUAGUGACAGGACAAACUUGCUUCUACAGAUUCUUUCACCCUCUUGAAAAAAAUGGAAAAAGAGAUCCUUUAAAAGCAGCAGUGCUGUUUGCCUUGUGACUACAAAGGGAAGGUUUAAAGUCUGUUUGCUUGAAUGUAAUUCGUAAGAGAUUUCUUAUUUCUUCCCAAGGGCCAUUGCUGUGUAGCGUGUCUCCAGUGCUGCUGUUCCUCAGUCCAGCUUGGAAGUGUUCUGGGAGGAACCGCUGUGCCUGGAGCUGCCUUGCUGAGUCUAUCAUCAGGGCAAGAAAUGACAGAUGUGCAGCACUGGGGAUUUUAUAUCAUGUGCUGUGUGGUUUUGCAUCUUUUUUUCCCACCUUGUAGGCUUAUUUCUGUAGCAGUUCACUGCAUUUUAUUUUAGCUGAGAAGGAGAAGAAAAUUGGAUCAGGCUGUAACAGUUGAACUGGAGGAAAAUCUGAUUUUCAUCUCCAGGGACAGGGUCCGUGUGGGAGCUGGUGAAGAAGCCAGAGGCCCCACAGCCGGUGUUGGCCACGUCUUCCCGGAAGGUGGGAUGUGUAGGAACUUGAAGCCAAGAUUUGGAACUUGAAAAUAAUAAAAAGUGUUUUUAACUGAUGGUAAAACACAUUUUUGUCGGUUAGAGUUGUGGUCAACUGCUUAACGUCCAAGUGAAAACUGGUGAUUAGUGGUCCAUCCCUGGAGGUGUUCAAGGCCAGGCUGGAUGGGGCUUUGAACAUCCUGACCCAGUGGAAGGUGUGGCAGGGCGUGGAACUGAAUGGGCUUUAAGAUCCUUUCCAACCCAACUUAUUCCAUGAUUCUCAGUGAU